UUCGGACGGCGCGCCGCUGCUGGAGGCGAUGUGGAUAUAGAGUUGAGCUUUUAUUUUUGUAGAUAAUUGUCUGAGCACUUGGGCCAACAGGCGGGGGGGAGAUGUAGAUAAAGUUUCUCUCUCUCUCUUUCUGUUCCCGGUUCUGUUAGGGGUCUCGAGCGCUGUCCACGCGGACUGUCAUUCAGAAAUACUACAGCCUGCAGUUGGAGCGCUCACGUGUUUGACCUUAGCUGAUAUAUUUUUGAUUUUAUUUUUAUUUUUUUUUCGACAUUUACUGUCAUUUUCCCGCUCGCUGUCUUAUGACCCGCUCUGUAUACUUUACCUCGUUCACUGCAAGUUGGCGUUCUCGGUGACAGACGCGUCUGUUUUUUGUAAAUGAUUCCUGGUUUGAAUCACGGAUUAAUUGAUCGAAAUUCUAACCUUACUGCAGAGGAAGGUGUUUGUCGGGAUAAAGGCAUGGUAUACGUGCAGGUCUGCAGAGAGUAACACACUGGAUCUCAUCACUGCUGGGGAUUUUACAAUCAAAGAGGCUGAAAACUAGACCACAAUGAAUCUGCUCUGGGUCUUUCUGGUGCUGGAGACGGUCCUGGUGUCCACAGCUGCCAGGGGUCCACCCAGGGUGUCAGAGCGGGUGGCUCAUCGGCAGAGCAUCCGCCUGGGUCGCACCAUGAAGCUGCCCUGCCCCGUGGAGGGCGACCCCCCACCGCUCAACAUGUGGACCAAAGAUGGCCGAAACAUCCACAGUGGCUGGACACGGUUCAGGGUGUUACAGCACGCUCUGCGUAUUAAAGAUGUGGAGACUGACGAUGCAGGGACUUACAUCUGUAAAGCUACCAACGGGUUUGGCAGCGUGAACAUCAACUACACUCUCAUCGUUAUAGAUGACUCCGGUUCAAGAGGUGAAGCAGGAACAGCCAGUAGUGACUCUGAACAUGCCCCAGAGUUGGCUGGAAAACUGGUACGUCCACGCUUCACUCAGCCGUCAAAGAUGAGGAAGCGCGUCAUCGCUCGCCCAGUGGGCAGCUCGGUGCGUCUGAAGUGUACAGCAAGCGGCAACCCCCGCCCCGACAUCGUCUGGCUAAAGGACAGCCGGCCGCUGGUGGACGAGGACGAAGGAGCAGUAGGAGAGGAAGGGAAGAAGAAGAAGUGGACUCUGAGUCUGAAGAACCUGACGCCCGAGCAUAGCGGGAAGUACACCUGCCACGUCUCCAAUAAAGCGGGAGAGAUCAAUGCCACCUACAAAGUGGAAGUCAUACAGCGUACCAACUCUAAACCCAUUCUGACAGGAACUCACCCUGUCAACACCACUGUGGACUACGGAGGAACCACGUCCUUCCAGUGUAAAGUCCGCAGCGAUGUCAAGCCGGUCAUUCAGUGGCUUAAAAGAGUUGAACCUGGUGAUGAAAACAAAUUUAACUCCACCAUAGAGGUUGGAGACCACCGCUUUGUGGUCCUGCCUACAGGGGAAGUUUGGUCACGUCCUGACGGAUCCUACCUCAACAAGCUGCUGAUAACCAGAGCCAAGGAGGAGGAUGCCGGCAUGUACAUCUGCCUAGGAGCCAAUACUAUGGGCUACAGCUUCAGGAGUGCCUACCUGACGGUGCUACCAGAUCUGAAGCCCCAAAGCAACUCUGUCCCCACAGCAACGUCCCCUGGCCUCCCCUGGCCCGUCAUUAUAGGAAUACCAGCAGGCGUCGCCUUCAUCUUAGGCACCGCCCUCCUCUGGUUCUGCCAAUCAAAACGCACCUGCUCCUCUUCCUCUUCCUCCUCCUCUGCUCUUCCUGCGGGCCAGCGUCUGCCUGCGGCAAAUCGUGACCGAGGCUGUCCGACGGUGCCUCCUCAACCGGCCAGCGGGGAUAAAGAUUGUCUUUCAUAUGAGGACUACAUUGCCCAUCAGCAGCUGCUUCUGGCUCAGGGAGGCGCUGGAUUGGCUCCUAAGGUCUACCCGAAGAUCUACACGGAUAUACACACACACACGCAUUCACACGUGGACGGGAAAGUACACCAGCACCAGCACAUUCACUACCAGUGUUAGCAGCGAGGCUAGCAGCACGCUUCGGGGUUUCACGUUCAACUCUUACACGAACAUGUUCCUGUGCAUGCAGACUCUUCACAACAGUUCAUAACUAACUGCUGACAUACAGAGCAAAGAACAAGGAAAGCUACACACAAGAGACCAUGCGGAUUCAUAUACAGAAACAUGAUCACGCAACGCUUGCUCUUGCUCAUACUGCUACAGCCACGUUAUUGUGUAAACAGACUUAUUCAAGACACAAACAAUGAAGAAUGUAAAGAAAGAAGACAAAGAUCCUUAUUUUUAGCCAAUCUGGAGGACAAUCCAGUGAAAUCUAUGAGAGAAAUAAUCACAAAAUAUGUUUUAUUCACGCCUUUAUAUAUAUAAAAUCUUUUCUGUAGAUUUUUAAAUCUCUCUUUUUGUUGCCCAAAGGCCUUAUUUGAAGCCACAAUGAACUCUGCAGCUUCAAGGUAACUUAACCCAACAUUUCUCUGUCUUUUAGUACUUUGGACACAACCACAACCUCCUCAGUAACAGUAGAAAUACAACUUGCCUCGACUACAAGCCUCCAACUAUAGCUACUCAUGUAUAUUUUGGAAUACAAUUAUAUGGCAUUUAGCACACUACUUCAUCCUGGGAAAUCUAUAAAGAACAAUAUAGCAUGUGAUUAAUGUAAUAGCAUAAUUUCAAUAGCCCAACUGAGCCAUAAGAAACACAAUUCAAACUCCCACUGUAUCCACACCCUCGGGAAGGAUGACGGCUUUGGUUUUUGCUUCUGCCGGGUUCAGCUGCUAUCAGGGUACUAAAGAGCUGAUGUCGAACUGGUUAACUCAAACAGCAUGGAUCAAUCUUAGUAGACUGAUUUUAGCAGCAGCUACAGUGUGAUUCCUGCUACAGCCAAGGAGCCCCUCCAAAAGCACAUCUACUGACAGCUGACAUCUUCUGCCCCUUUACUUCCCGGAGAACAGCGGCAUUUCCUGUUUCGCAUCGUCUCUUUUUCAGUUUUGAUUGACGCUCAAUGACUUUGCAAGAGAGGGAUUAAGGAUAUCAGUUCUCCUCCUGUCAUCCGUUCAACCUCUUUAGCCAACAGCACAAAGGGCUGAACGUCAGUGCCUCUGUGUUAAAUGGUGCCGUCUGAGAAUUGUUUCCAGAUUUUGUGGAUCACUGUUGCACCAUUGGAUAUGUCACAGGUUCUUGUUAAUCUGUGAUGAGAUUUAGAGGGCUUUCAAGAAAGGAACUUCAUCCUAAAUUCUAACUCAAGGAUGAGUCCUCAACUCAAAGUGCCUCACAAUGUGACCUCAAGUGUAACGGAACAGGUUCUGCACACAUGGUGUUGUUACAGAGCAGAGGCACUCGUGUUGUUGUUGUUUUUAUCUGAAGAGGAGAGGUUUUUGAUGAAGGGCUGCCUUCUCACCUGCAUAGCCCUCUGUCGCUCUGAUCAAGAGAAUGGAAAAUGUUGCAGUCAAGAGAUUCUAGAUGCUAAAAAGGUCAAAUAAUGGGAAUCAAAUAUCAGUAUUUUUAUCACUAACAUUUAGAGCCAUAUAAUGUGCAAACGUUAUUUUUAUUACUCUAGCAAUACCCACUGACAGAACCCCAUAAACUGCUCUUAUUGCUGUACAGUGGCAAAGAUAUACAUUGAUACAUUCAGAGAUAUGUCUGGGAUAUUUAGUUCUGCAUAUAUUAUUCACGUAUCUGCAUAUUUACCACUAAUGUUAUUGACCACUUUAAGAAAAUCUAAACAUCUAAAACUUGGUACCAUGUUACACCUUCAAAGGUGUUUUCACAACUUUUAGCGGAUUAGACUUCCUCUCAGGACUGUGUGGGUGUGUACAAAGUGCGUCUGAUUAAGAUUUCCCUCACUCUCGUGUAGUUUUGUUGCACCUUUUAGUGUAAGACAAUGUACAACUGUAUCCUUCUCAUUCAUAGAUUGGUAAACAUAAAGGCAAUUUCCAACAUUGCUCCUCCUGAGCAGAGGUCUCAUCAGCCAGAUAAACUGAAACCACCUGUGUGGCUCUCCAGUCCCUUUCAUUUAUAAACGAGGUCACCAGCAGCUGCUAUGAGUAAAGCAAAUCAUACACUAUAUAAAUGAUCCCAGAAUCAGCUGUUUUCAAAACCACUGUAAGAUCAAGUUGAACAGAGUGGAUGUGAGAUUAAGGUCAUAUUUACUAGGUGAUGAUCUUGUUCUUUUCGCUAGCACUAAAAUCCAAAAUCUAAAGAUUCCUUUUAAAACUGCAGCUACUAAAGCAUCAAAGUCAUCUGCCAAACUAGUAGCAAUGUAGUACUGGUUUUGACUGAUUUACAUCUUUUCUUGUUGCUUGGUUUGCUUAUGUAUUUCAAUGACUUAGUUAUCAUUGUACUUGUGUUUUCACUGCUUCUGGUAAGUAUUGAGAAGUUUCCUCACACUAAAACGUGAUAAAAUCACUUACAUCAGCCAUGUUUUCAUGAAAGAGACCAUGUGGAUUCAUAUACAGUGUCCACAACUUAACAAUUAAACAAAACAAAAAAACGUCAAUGUCAUUGGUCCAUCUGUCGUAUGCUUCCUGUAUUUUUGAAAAGUACUACACCCCCAAACAGGGACCUUUUAGGGGUUAAAAUAAUGGCCCCAGAACUUAUUUUAGACCCUGGUCCCUGUGGUAAAAACACAUUGAGUUCCUCCAAAGGUUCCUAGUCCUCUGGGGAAAGUUGGUGUGGUGGAAACGCUGCUAUUGACCCAAACCUCAUCAGAAACCAAACCCUCCCAGUUACUGUACAACAGACUUCCUUUUGCUGUUUCUCAGGUGUCCAUCUUGUUGUUCCUGUGUGUGAAUCUGACCACUAAAUAAAAACUGUGUAGAAUGAUAUGCCAAGAUAAGAUUUACAUUUCAUCUGUUUUACAUUACAGCAAUCUCUGAAGGCACACUCAGUGGGGUGACUCUGUUCGGAGAUGUUUAAACAUUAAAAGAUUAGUUUUUUAAUGCAGGAACGUAUAUGUGAAAUAUGCAAGCAACUGUGGGCUUGCCAUGUAGUCCAUUGCAUUUGUAUUAAGGCAGUGUCUCUCUGCAGACCCUCUUAAAUACAACUUUACAGCCUUUACAAGGGUGUGUUUCAACAACCAUGUGAAAGGAAGUGAUAUAUUGAAAUCACUUGAUAACUUUAGUUACGCACAUGCUCGUUCCUUAGCCUGUAUUUUUGCACAAAUCUUUAAACCUAAGUAGGUAAAUGUACAAAAUGAUUCACAUAUGAUUCACAGACCAGAACUUUGACUCUAACUACCAGUCAGGCCACCAGUCUCUUUCUUUGCAUAUUUUGAAUCCCUCACAGAGAUUUUGUUUUUGUAUUAUUUCACUUUCUGAAGACUUUUAAGAAAGACAAAGCAUGCAGCCCUCAGACAAUAGGAGCCACAUUUGUAUACCUGCACAAACAAUUUCACUAAAUUAAUUAACAGCCUGUGACCAUAUUGUAUUUAUUGUUCAUCUUUCCAGCAGCCUCUCCUAUCUAACAAUUGAAAUACAUGUAAAGUUCAAAUGAAAGUACAUCAGAACAGCAAAGAAUAUGCUUAUCAUAAUAAUUAUGGUACAAUUCCAAACAGACACAUGUUCAUUUAUUUCCCUCUCUACAAACAGCGUGAACUGAAAAUAGGUCUUGAAACUUUGCAUUAAUAGCUCUCCCUUCAACAUGCGUUCUUCUUGUCCUCCCAUCUUUUCUGUUUUGAAACAUCUGUUAACAAAGUCACCCCGAACAGCUGGAGUGUGUUCCUUCAUUGUAAAGUUUUUCUUCCCAUGUUUAAGGGGCGGAAAAGUUUCCAAACAGUAAAGUUUUCCUCAGUCAAGUUUUUCUGUGAAAACUCUCGUCACUUGGGUUACCUGUUUUCAUUCAUUUCCCAUUAAUCCCAGUUUUUUUGUGUCAAAGCUAAUGGACUGCCAGUAGACAGACUGUGUAUAUGUGCACUUAGCACUAGCAUGUACAUGGGAUGAUAUUAGUGUUGAGAUUAUACUUUUAGAUAAUUUAGUGAGAAAGCGUUGGACCAUUCAGUAGCUCUAGCAACACAUUGGCCCACAAAACAUGAUAAAUGCUGAAUUGUCUCAAUAUUCAAAAAGAAAGGUGUCUAAUUUAUUUUCUUCAUAUAACUGGGCAUUAUACUGCAUGAGUGGAUUUUGUGUUAUAGUAGUAAUGUAAGCUAUGUAGCAAAUACCAUGUUCAUGUCAUUGUAAGAUACUGUAUUUAUACGUUCAGACGGACUAUACGAAACUUUAUCGAUAAUCUUUGUAUCGACAAUCUUGUACAGGCUAUUGUCAUUUAGGAUAAAAUGUUGUUUUCUCCCAUUGUAAUCAUGUUAUUGGUGCCAUUAAAAAA